AUGUAUAAUAGAAAUUACCAAAAUAUACCGAAUAAUUUACCAAAACCAACUUCCUCAGGUAUAUUAGAUAAAAAUGAUGAUAUAAACAACAACUCUACCGAUAAUGCCAGUUUUAAAAGGCAACGACUCUCAUACUCAUCUGAUACAAAUUUUAAUGAUAGUAAUACUUAUAAUGAAAACUACUCAUCCUAUAAUAAUGCAUUUAGCUCACAACCUUUGAAUUACUACUCAAAUCAACCACAAGCUUACUUUAACCCUCCGUAUGCCUACCAAAAUGCAAAUGAAUAUUACAACCCUAACAUCCAACCUUACAGCCAACAAAAUUAUAAUCAACAUUUGAAUCCUAAUUUCAAUAAUGGUUAUUUUUUCAAUCACAAUCCAAUACAGAAUAACAAUAUUCCAAAACCAAUAAAUAGUGAUCCACCAAUUCCAUUCUCCGAUAUAUCUAAGAAAUUUGUGCCUCAAGUAAAUGAAUAUCCUAACUCGAUUAAUAUAAAAGAAGAAAGCAAUAUUGCUGAAAGUAAUACAACCAGCAAUAACACAACUGCUACAGAAUAUCUACAACAAAAUCCACUUAUAGAUGCGACUUUAAUACCGGCCUCAGACUCAAAUACAAGUUCAGACUCAAGUUCAGACUCAGAAUCCUAUUCAAGAUCUUCGUCUGACUCCGAAUCUUCAUCUGAUUCAGAAUCUGAUUCUAUAGGAAAUUCAAAAGGAAAUGAUAACAAAAAAAGUCCAUCUGAGAAAAUCACUAACUCAGAAAAAAAUACAGAAUCCAUCACAACUAUUCUUGGAACAUCUAUAAACAUUGUUACUGAUGAAGAUAUUGAGCAAUGGAGGUUGGAAAGAAAAAAAAUGUGGUUAUUAAAGAUCUCGAAUAACAAAGAACAACAUAUGAAAGAUAUGGGUAUUUCAAUGAACCAGUUAAAGGAAGAAUCUAAAAAUGGUAAUAGAAAGGAUAAGAAUAAAAAUGAUCACAAUUUUAUUAGAAACAUUCAAUAUCAAAUAGGCAAGUCUACAAACUAUAACCUUAAUAACAAUAAAGUUAAUUUGAACUUAAAAAUGGUUCAAAGAGAAAUGAUUGAUGAAAAUACUAAAAUCUUAAAUUUUAUCAAGGAAUUGGGUGAUGCAAAUUAUUUGGAAUACGAGUUAACUGAAGAAGAGAAAAAGAAAUUAUUUAGAGAUAAACCACAGAAUAAUGGGAAUAAUAGGAACAAUAAUACCCAUAACAACAAGAGGAAUAAUUUCAAUAAUAGACGUUAUCGUAACACUAAUAAUAAUAAUUACAGUAAUAAUAUUAACAGAAAUAUGAAUAGUGGUAAAGGGAAAACAGAUACGUAA